AUGCAGAACUCCCAGGGAUUCCACAAGUUCCGGGUCAAAGACAACAACAGCAACGACAACGAAUUAGAAAGGGAUCUUGAUCCGCACGGAAGGCAGAAACGAGCAUCGGUCGCGUGUAAUAACUGUCGCAUAAAAAAGAAACGAUGUGACCAGAAUUACCCACGCUGUGGAAAGUGCAUCAGAUCUCAAAGUCAGUGUAAAUAUGCCAAUCCUGUCCCACACGCCGGCAAUGAUCCCGUAAGAAGAGCCUUGGAAGCCAGGGUGAGAUGGCUGGAACAGAUCGUCCAGCAAGUCACGGGCUUUGACCUUGCUCAAGUAGCAACGGACACUCGGGUUUCAGGUCGUUGGGAGGACCAGCGCGGUGGCUCAUUGGACCAGGGAUGGUGGUCCCCUAGUCCAUAUGCAAUCGGCCAUCCUGAAGGAUUCUUCCUCGACGCACCGCGAUCCAGAACUGGUUCGCCCGAGGAGACUGAAGGGCUGUCGGAUGUCAACGAAGUCUUCAGCAAGAACAUCGACUGUCGCACCCAUUGGGCUCGAAGGCCGUUCCAGUCGUGCGACCCCGUCCUCCUCUCCUCCUUCCAAGACGCCAAAGCUUGUACCGACGAGUACUUUGACAGCCUGGGUUAUCAGUACCCAUUUCUGGACCGGGCCGAGUUUGCUAAAAGUCUCCAAGGACUCUACGAUGGCCAGGCUGACGAUGACUUUCACUAUUUCUACCACAUUACCGUUGCAAUAUCGAUGCUCAUAAGUUCCAACGAUGAGGCUGCGUCGGAACGGUUCUACCAUGCCAGCCGCACUUCGCUGCCGCGUGUUCUACGGCAGGAAAACCUCACAGCACUCCGGGCACUGCUCAGCUUGGUACUAUUUUCACUCUUCUCAACAUCGGGCCCGAGUGUAUGGCAUACGCUGGGUGCAUGUAUGCGUCUUGUAACAUCCAUGGGUCUCCAAAAGGCGCAACAGCCGGCCGAAACGGAGGCGCAGAUGAAGCGGCAUGAGUGGGAAAAGAGGUGCUUUUGGAGUGUCUAUGCUCUCGACAGGCUGAUCUCCAUCACCUUCGGGAGACCGCUGGGCUUGGCUGACGAGGACAUUACUGUCGAUUUACCUGGCGAAUAUGAUGACCAGUGGGUCGAAGCCCCACGAGCCUGCUCCAUGAGUAUUCCGCUCCAUGUCAUCAAGCUACGCCGCAUAUUUUCAAGGAUAUACCAAUGUUUUUAUCGCAAGCCGCAACCCGACCGUGACGGAGCCGGCGGCGACCGCGACGGCCGUCUCAACCAGAUCAUUCUGAGCUUCAGAAAGGAACUCGAUACUUGGCGCAUCGACGCCCCCGUGCUCCCCUGGGCCGUGCAUUACUCGACCAGUUAUUUCGACUAUCUGUACUACACAACACUCAUCCUGAUGUACCGGCCCAGCAGCUUCAAUCCCAGCCCAGACGCCACAUGCGUCGUCGGCUGCGGCGAUGCGAGCAUCCAAGUCAUCCGAGCCUUCUAUGAAUCCUACCUGGCUGACAGGAUCAAGUGGAUCCCUCUGACACUUUGCCAGAUCUACGCCUCGGGCCUGACGCUGCUGUGGUGCGUCGAGCAAGUCGUCAAGGCCUGUGUAAGUGGCCGCCCGUCGCCGUGGAAAGUGCAAAUGGCGACGCUGCAGUACGGCAUUGACGCCGCCAGUACGUUGAUGAAGGAGUUUGAAAACCGGAGGAAAGGCGUCGAGAGAUUAGCCACCAAGUUCCAAGAGCAGGUCACUCUGGUCAUGGAGAAGGCCAACAUGGUCCCCGCCUUCUCGGAGACGGAUGACCCAAACACCACACUUGGCUUUGACGAUCCAUAUGAAGGUAUCCUGGACGAUUUCCAGUUCAAUCCGCUAAUGCAGUGGUUCGACGACGAACUUGGCGGCGUAUACGGAUUAUGA